CAGGGACGCGGGGCGGAGGGGGCCGGGCGGCCGCGCUGAAGACGGAGGGCCGGCCUCGCCCUCCCGCCGCCCUGGGGAAUGGCCGCCACGGCCGAGCUCUUCGAGGAGCCGUUCGUGGCAGAUGAGUACAUCGAGCGCCUGGUAUGGAGAACCCCCGGAGGAGGCUCCAGAGGAGGAGCCGAAGCUUUUGAUCCUAAAAGACUACUGGAAGAGUUUAUAAAUCAUAUCCAAGAACUCCAGAUUAUGGACGAAAGGAUUCAAAGAAGGGUUGAGAAACUAGAGCAGCAGUGUCAAAAAGAAGCCAAGGAAUUUGCCAAGAAAGUGCAGGAGUUGCAGAAAAGCAAUCAGGUCGCCUUCCAGCACUUCCAAGAACUAGAUGAGCAUAUCAGCUACGUGGCAACUAAGGUCUGUCACCUUGGUGACCAGCUGGAGGGGGUCAACACGCCCCGCCAACGGGCUGUGGAAGCUCAGAAGCUGAUGAAAUACUUUAAUGAAUUUCUGGAUGGAGAGUUGAAGUCUGAUGUUUUUACAAACUCUGAAAAGAUAAAGGAAGCCGCUGACAUUAUUCAAAAGUUGCACCUAAUUGCACAGGAGUUACCUUUCGACAGAUUUUCAGAUGUGAAAUCCAAAAUAGCAAGUAAAUACCACGAUUUAGAAUGCCAGCUGAUUCAAGAGUUCACCAACGCUCAGAGGAGGUCCGAAAUCUCCCGGAUGAGAGAAGUGGCGGCCGUCUUGCUUCACUUCAAGGGUUAUUCCCACUGUGUUGAUGUUUAUAUAAAGCAGUGUCAGGAGGGUGCCUACCUGAGAAGCGAUAUAUUUGAAGAUGCAGCAGUACUUUGUCAGCGGGUGAACAAGCAAGUUGGCGAUAUCUUUAGUAGUCCAGAAACCGUACUGGCCAAACUUAUACAAAAUGUGUUUGAAAUCAAACUUCAGACUUUUGUGAAGGACCAGUUGGAAGGCUGUAGGAAGUCUGAUGCAGAGCAGUACCUUAAAAAUCUCUACGAUCUAUACACGAGAACGACCAACCUUUCCAGCAAGCUGAUGGAGUUUAAUUUGGGAACGGAUAAGCAGACUUUCUUAUCAAAGCUUAUCAAAUCCAUUUUCCUUUCCUACCUGGAUAAUUAUAUCGAGGUGGAAACGGGUUACUUGAAAAGCCGAAGUGCUAUGAUCCUGCAGCGCUAUUAUGAUUCCAAAAACCAUCAGAAGAGAUCUAUUGGCACAGGCGGUAUUCAGGAUCUGAAGGAGAGAAUUAGGCAGCGUACCAAUUUACCCCUGGGACCAAGCAUCGACACCCACGGUGAAACCUUUUUGUCCCAAGAAGUGGUGGUUAAUCUCUUACAAGAAACGAAGCAAGCCUUUGAAAGAUGUCACAGGCUCUCCGACCCAUCUGAUUUGCCAAGGAAUGCGUUUCGAAUUUUUACUAUUCUUGUGGAGUUUUUGUGUAUCGAGCACAUUGAUUAUGCCUUGGAAACAGGACUCGCUGGAAUUCCUUCUUCUGAUUCCAGAACCGCAAACCUGUACUUUUUGGAUGUCGUGCAGCAGGCCAAUACUAUUUUUCAUCUCUUUGACAAGCAGUUUAAUGACCACCUCAUGCCUUUGAUUAGCUCGUCUCCAAAACUGUCGGAAUGCCUCCAGAAGAAAAAAGAUAUAAUCGAACAAAUGGAGAUGAAACUGGACACCGGCAUCGAUCGGACACUGAAUUGCAUGAUGGGGCAGAUGAAACACAUCUUGGCUGGUGAACAGAAGAAAACUGAUUUCAAACCAGAAGAUGAAAACAACGUCUUGAUCCAGUACACUAAUGCCUGUGUCAAAGUGUGCGGCUAUGUCAGGAAGCAGGUGGAAAAGAUUAAAAAUUCCAUGGAUGGGAAGAACGUGGACACCGUCCUGAUGGAGCUGGGAGUGCGUUUUCACCGGCUUAUUUACGAGCACCUACAGCAAUAUUCUUACAGUUGCAUGGGUGGCAUGUUAGCGAUCUGUGAUGUGGCCGAAUACCGAAAGUGUGCCAAAGACUUCAAGAUUCCGCUAGUAUUGCAGCUUUUUGACACGCUGCACGCCCUCUGCAACCUCCUGGUCGUGGCCCCAGAUAACUUGAAGCAGGUCUGCUCGGGAGAACAGCUUGCCAAUCUGGACAAGAACAUACUCCACUCCUUCGUGCAGCUCCGCGCCGACUACCGAUCCGCCCGCCUGGCUCGCCACUUCAGCUGAAGCCCAGCCGGCAAGAGCGAAGCGGUGUACCGAGCCCAGCCCCGAACUUUGAAAAGCACAGCGGGUUCGGCCCCGGAAAUCUCGAUCACAAAGGAAAGACCUGGAUGAGCACGGCUCGAAUCUGCACCCAAGGAAAACGUGCACUUACCCAUAUUUAACACCACCGCAAGCUUUUAAAGCUUUCUCUCUGGCAGCAGAGCCCGCCGGCUAAGUAGCGAGAGACGGACGAUCGCACCGAGACGUCUUCUCUUCCAGUUAAUGGAUUGGGGAGUGGAAACACAAGCGAAAUCGCUCGAAUCUUGGAAACAAAUCAGAUUAGCCCGAGUCUCUCCUCCUCCCUUCCAAUCUCUGCCUUCCUCCGGCCUCCGGGCACAUAAACGCGUGAUCGGCGCCAGCGACACGGAUCUAGCCGGUGUAGCGUGGCGAUAGUGAAAUAUCUUGGUAACUCUCCCGACGAAAGGAGAUCUGAAAGAUAACUAACCUGCUUCCGAAUGUGUUCUUUCAGUGGGUAUUCCCUCUCCCAAUUUCCCACAGACACGUUAUCUCCCACGGUCUUGUCCUGCUCUCUAUCUCUUCUUACAGGAUUCCUCCCCCACCCCCCCCAGUUUUGGCAAGCGGGUUUUCUUCUGAAAAAUCUGUUCUCCGGUGUUCAGUUAUCCCUAUCCAAAUUCCUAAAACUUCCAGAUCCAGACACCGGUUACCGGCGCCAGCCACUCCUGCCUGGUUCUCCUUCACUGUCUUAGCACGGUAUUAUCGAGGUGAGCGCGGGAAGUGCGUUAUGCCAGGCCCUGUCAAAGCGUUGCGGGAGAUUGGGGCAGCUUCAGAGAGCUGCAGAGUUCUUCUGUUGGUUGGCCAGGAUGGAGCCAUAGCAAGCUUUGGACUCCGGAGAAAGGCAGAGGCGUGUACAGUUGCCAUUUCAAAAAGCUCUGAUGUGCAUUCAGAGGACACCUCCGUCGCUUAAAAGCCAACAGUUUUAAGGCGGAGGUUUUGCUGGCCAUUUAAAGAUCCUUGGACAGGGCACCAAUCUGUAGACGCUUGGCACAUUAUUCAAUAAACGUUUUAAGACUUCCCACCCAGGUGCGGUUCGAAAGUCUUCGGUGGGGAUUUUGAAUUCAUCGGCAAAGGUGUAGAAUAUAUUUUCGUUGUUUCUUAAAUCCUUUGGUAGUUGGUUUUUUUCUAUGCUUGAGUCCCGUGCGAUACCCUGCCACCGGGCCCAAAAGAGGUUGGUUGGUGACAGAAGACACAAGGUGAAUGCUUACAAAUGUUGACCUGUAAACAUUUCGGCUCAAUAAACAAAUUGACUCGA